AUGACAACGCCGGCGACCUGCAAGCCGGACUGCCUGCGGUGGGGACCGCCUCCUCUGGCGAAGCAGGAAUGGGGUGUUGAGGUAGAUAGAGGAGGAGGCGGUGGGGAGAUCCGCAGGCCCGACGGAGCGCGGCCCCGCCGACGGCGCCCUGCACGGGAGUUAGCAGCAGCGAGGUGGCGGACGGCGUCGACGCGGGGCCGCCAGCCCGGAUGGAGGCGCUGGCGGGCCGAGCGCGGGCGGGCGUGGGCCAGGAGGCGGGGGCGGCCGGAAGGGGGGGCCGGGGGCCGGCCUGGCCUCACGCAGCUCCGCCGGAGAGCAGGCGAACUCCGGGCGCCAACGCCCGGUUCUUAUAGCCGCGCCACCCCGCGGCUCGGCGCCCGCUCGGGCCCCGCUGGCCUUACGCCCGCGCCAAUGGGCGUCCUCAGGGCCCUCGCCCCGCCCCGGGACCGCCCCCGCAACUCGAGCCACGGGGGGAAUGCGGGUCUGGGGCCCCGGGCACGAGGGUUGCCUAAAAAGAAGCAGGGUGGGAAACGUAGCUCAAACCAGACCUGUAAGCCAGAGCUCACUGACGUGCUUCUAAGCGAAACCAUUGUGAGUUUUACCAAGUCAAAAUCACUCCUAAACCAGUGCACCUUGUUUCCCUCUCCCGACCUCCGCACCUCUAGGCCUCUAAGGGGCCACUCCUGGCGGAAACCCUUACACCCAGGGCUAACCUCCCAGCCCGACCAUCAAUCACCGCGCUCGCGCUCUACGCUCCCUUCCCCAAGCCCUCGACCUGUAGGGUUGGAGGCUCCAAGCCGCCGGAGCGCUCUGCCCUUCCCGCUUCCUGGCCGCCCAGGCGCUUUCCCCUACUGCCGCGUUGUUUGCAGAGUGCAUACAAAGUGGCGCGCGUUUCGGAGCGCCCAGCUCAAAGGAGCGCGGCCGCCGAGGGAGAAGCCAGCAGCCCGCUCCCGCGCUACUCCAGCAGUCCUGAGGACAAGCUGCGAGGUAGCCGGUGCCCCGCAGUGGAAGAGCUGGAGCACGAGGGAGCGCGCCACGGGGAGCUCACCGCAAGGCCGAAGGUCGGGUCCGCUGGCGCAGGAGGAUCGGAGAAGGGCGGGAGAGCGGCUGAAGUGGGAGCUGCUGAAGUGGACGCUGCUGGAGAGGUGCUCCGAAGAAGCUGCAGAAUCACACCCCGGAGAUGCACUGCUGGACUUUGCCAGGGUCCCCAGUAUGGUCUCCCUCAAGCCUGUGCUGGAUUCCUGCCGCAGAGGACACACUCAACUGGGCAGCGGACUUGUACACCACAUAGGGGCUCCACACCAAGAAGAGCCAAGCAAUGCUCUGUGUCAAUCUGCAAGCCUGGGAAGAAGUCACUACCUGGACCACCAACAUGAGGAUCACACCACCAAACUGAUCAACACAACCCACACCAAAAAUUCUUUCCUCAUCUGGGAUCCUGCCUUUCCCCCUGGAGCUGUCUGACCUCCCCCCCCACCGCAGCACUUCCUACCUUGGCCCCUGCACUCCCAGGAGCUUAACUUCAAGGACUUAGACUUUACAGAGACUG